GCGUAUAUAUCUAUAGGUUAUGUUGUCGUUGAAUGCUUCUAUAAUGCUAAUUAUUCAAUAUAGAAGAAACUUUGCAGCGUAGUUAAAUCUAAGACGAGUCAGAAGUGAAGAGAUAGGUGAUUGAAUAUAAAUUAUAUGGGAAUACAUGUUUUUCGAUUUUCUUGGAGGAGGUUCGAGUGUAAUGCAUACCAGCCAGAGAUGUUAUGUAAUUUUCCAUAUCCUGUAGAAGCCAUCGUGUUUUUUACCAGUGCUUGCGGUUACAGUUUUCAAUCUAUACAGAAUCAAUAUGUAUACAUGAUUGUAUCGAAACAACACAACUACACUGAGGAUAAUUUUAUCAAUUAUUGCGACAAAAAUAAUAGUGAAACAAUAGAAGAAGAAAUGGUUGUCAACGACGCAUCCAGAUGGACAAUGUAUUCCUGUUUGGCCUUUUUCGUGCCUUGUGCUGUAUCCUCUCUUAUCGUCACAGCAUGGAGUGACAAAAUUGGUCGAAAAAGCGCCAUUUCAUUUCCAAUAUUUGGAACAGCAAUUGCAUCAGCGGUACAAACAAUGGCAAUCAUUUACAGACUGCCUUUAUAUUGGAUGAUUAUUGUCAGUUUCAUUUACGGAGCUUCCGGUUCAUAUGUAGCACUUUUAAAUAUUGGUACCGCAUAUUUAAGCGACAUAACACGCGAGGAAGAUCGAAACAGGCGCUUCACCAUUUUGGAGGUUUGUGCAAGUUUUGGAGGAGGUGUAGUACUUAUAGCUUCUGGAUAUUGGAUCGAUUCUCAAAGAUUUAUUCCUUGUUCGAUAUUCAUCACUGGUUGCGCGAUAGUAUCAAUUCCAUUUAUUCCCAUGAUGACAUCAACUGAAGACGAUAUAAAUUCUGUAUUACCGUACAUUGAUGAUUCUGUCAUCUGCAACCCAGAUCCUCGCAAUGAAUCGAAUCCUAUUUACACAACCAGUCAGGCCCAAAUAUGUCGUAGGAUUGAAAACAAUUGUAACGAUUCGAAGGAAUUACUGCAUUACAAGGAAAUCACAGUCAGCGCGUCAAAAUCAUUGUGUUCGCAAAUAAGAGUGAUCCGGAGAAUAUAUACAACAGAAAAGAUUAUUUGUUAUAAUAUAGAAGAUUCGGCGUGCGGGAGAUGUAUUUACAAAAGAAGAUUGUGGCGUCUAUGGUUUUUCGUUAUUAGCUAUGCUUGGUAUACGUUUGUUGUUAAUGGUGGUGAUGCGUUUCAGACUUUGUUUCUAAUUUCAUAUCCAAUUUGCUUCACAUCUGAUUUGAUUGGUCUUCAGACUGGUAUUGCUAGCGGUCUUGUGAUAAUUUGUCCGCUCAUCAUCAAAUUUUAUGAGUCUGUGCUGAGAUUGAGGACUCAGAGCAUUUUACUACUCACCAUUUGUACUCGUUUGUCAAGUACUUUAAUGAUGGGCUUCGCUAAAUCUCCUAUUCUAGUAUUUUCAGCCACGGGUCUCGGAAUCCUUUCUACGUUUCCAGAUUUCAUAAUACGCUCUCAGAUUUCGAAGCUUGUAUCCUCCUCAGAACAACGGUACAGUUAGAAAUAGGUACAAUUUGUUUUCAGAACGUUAAUGUUAUA